AGCCUAAAACAACGAAACAACCAAGUGUGUACAAAAUUUCACUUUGGGUCUUCUCAAAUCGUUAUUUGGAAACAGUUUGGAAACAAGUAAAUUAUAACGGUCUUUCAAAUUUAUAUAAGAACUUCAAACCAUUCAUUCAACAAAAUCUACACUCUGACCACGUUGACCAAGAGACAACCUUAUAGUUUGUUUUGUUUGUUGUUGUCGUCUGUAGUCGUCUGGAGAAAAACAGCCUCCUGUGGUAGUUGUCAUCAUUCUGCGUUUUAUAGUUAUGUUUCCUUGCUGUAGCUCUUGAAGUUCAGUGAUAGUUGCUUCAAGCUUGUUGAGGAUUUGCCUUUCAAGCGUAGUUAAGAUUGAGAAAGAGAAACCUUCAUUCUCUGAGGUUUAGUCAAGAGUUCUGAACAUGGACCGGACUUCAGAAAGUGAAGCAGUCGACGACGGCUCUGACGACUCCAGCUGCGAUGGUGAAAAUUUAAACAUUGAUUGCGACAGUGAUUCAAACAUUACUGGCGGUGAUAUAAACUCAGAAGAUGCAGUUACGGACCCUCUUGCAGUUUGUUCCAACCCCGCUGCUGGCAAUUUGGAUGUUGAUUCAAAAUCAGGAAACUCUGGAAGGUUUCCUUGUGACGUAUGCGAGAAAUCUUACUCAAGUAACCGAAAUCUGUUGCGUCACCAAUUAAUUCAUAUAGGUGAAAAGGCAUUUAAAUGUGAGAUAUGCGGCAGUGCUUUUACAGAAAGUGGCAGCUUGAAAAGUCACAUGCGAAUGCAUACAGGUGAAAGGCCUUAUGAAUGCAAUCAGUGUGACAAGAAAUUUACUAAAAGUGGCCAUUUGACUGCACACCUGAGAACACAUACAUCAGAGAGACCCUAUACUUGUGAUGUUUGUAAAAAGUCAUUUGCAGAAAGAUGUACGCUCAAAGCACACAUUCGCACUCACACAGGAGAAAAACCAUACAGUUGCACUUUAUGUCCAAAACAGUUUGCCCAAAAUGCAACACUGAGAGCUCACAUCCGUAGGCAUGUUAAAAAGAAACAACCAAAGCCCAAGGGGCCUCCUUUGGAUGAAGGCUCCUUUGAAUGUCCCAACUGUGACAGGGUGUUUGAAACCAAAGUUCAGUUACGGUCUCACAGUCGAACUCAUGUGCCAAGCAUUCAAAAAUAUGAAUGUGCUGAGUGUUUAAAAAAAUUUACAGCUGGUGGUACUCUAAAAGAUCAUAUGAGGAUCCAUGCAGGUGAAAAGCCAUUUAAAUGUGAAAUUUGCCAAAAGAAGUUUACAAAAAAUAGCAAUCUUAUGGCUCACUACCGUAUUCAUACAGGGGAAAAGAAAUUUGAAUGUAUUUUGUGUGAUAAAAAGUUUUCUAAAAGAAUUUCAUUAGAUUCACAUGUUUGUACAAGAAGUGGUGCCACUGAGGUAGGCUCAUUUGUAAAACAUUUUAUGGCUUGAAAUUAGGGGGGGAAAGACAUAUUUA